AUGUACGUCACAAUGAUGAUGACAGACCAGAUUCCACUGGACUUGGCUCCGCCCCCCCUCCUGAACGGGGAGGUCCCUCUCAUGCCUCACAUGGUUAACGGUGAUGCAGCCCAGCAGGUGAUCCUGGUGCAGGUGAACCCGGGGGAGACGUUCACCAUCCGGGCAGAGGAUGGCUCACUGCAAUGCAUCCAGGGUCCUGCUGAGGUUCCCAUGAUGUCCCCAAAUGGGUCGAUCCCCCCCAUCCACGUGCCCCCGGGAUACAUCUCGCAGGUGCUGGAGGAUACCACAGGGGUCCGCCGGGUGGUGGUGACCCCCCAGUCUCCAGAGUGCUACCCUCCCUCCUACUCUCCGGCCCUCUCCCCCACGCACCACCUGCCCCCCUACCUGGCUCACCCUCACUUCAUCCCCAACUCUCACUCUUUCUACCCCCCUGUCAGUCCCGGGGAGCUGCCCCCCCACCAGUACUACCAGCACCACCUUCCCCCCAUGUACGGCGAUCCAGAAAUUAUCCCGGUUUAUGGGAUGUCUAACUACAUAGGCAGAGGAGAGGAGACGUACAGUAAGCCACAGCCCAAAAAGAUAAAGGAAAGACAACUGGAGCGGCAGAACCGACUCAACUCCCCUCCCUCCACUCUCUAUAAGGGCAGCCUGGGGCCAGCACACAACGGAUACAGCAACAAAUCACACGCCCCGUCGCUCGGGUCAGUGGGGUCGGGGGGCGGAGUCGGCAGUCCAGGAGGGAAGAAGCCGGAGAGACGCCUUCGCAGCAGUCCACGAAACAGCGAACCAGAGACACACACACAAGAUCAUGACUCAGAGGGGAAGCGUGUUCAAGACAUGCUGUCUGCAAUCGACAAACCACAGGUGUCCAACGUGCAGGCGCGCGCUGCACGGCUGUCCUGGGCCCCCCCGGCAGGGCUGGUGAACAGGCUAGGUAACGGGAUGCCUGUGUCCUGCUCCUUCGAGGUCUCUCUCUCAGAUAAGGGACGAGACGGAAAGUAUCGCCUUAUAUACAGUGGCGAAGAAUUGGAGUACCAUCUGAAAGACCUAAGGCCAGCGACAGACUACCACGUACGGGUGUCUGCGAUGUACAACUUGGUUCGAGGCUCGUGUUCAGAGGCCGGCUCGUUCACCACACACUGCAGCGUCCCCGACGUCCCGUUAUCCCCGAAACUCUCCCACCGCACCAAGAGCACGCUCACCCUACAGUGGAAGCCCCCGGGCGACAACGGAUCCAAAAUCACAAACUACCUGCUCGAGUGGGAUGAGGGAAAGAAGAACAGUGUUUUCAGAGAAUGUUACUUUGGGAGCCAGAGACACUGUAAGCUGACACGACUGUACCCCGCCUGCGGCUACACGUUCAGAGUGGCUGCGCACAACGACAUUGGCACAAGUGGCUUCAGCACAGAGGUGGUGUUUUACACCAUGGGCACCCUGCCUGCUCUGCCUCUGGCACCGCGGCUGGUCAGGGCGGGGGUGUCCUGGGUGACCUUGGAGUGGGGGCGUCCCGAGGGCAGUCCGAGCGAGGAGCAGCUCAAAUACACACUUGAGAUCCAGGAGGACAACAGCGGAACAGACUUUCAUCCAAAGUACACUGGAGAAAACUUGACCUGUACUGUACAAGGCCUGAAGAGGAGCACACAGUAUAAAUUCAGGCUCAUAGCAUCAAACAUGGAGGGAAAGAGCAGUCCCAGUGAAGUGUUGGUGUGCACCACCAAUCCAGACAAACCAGGCCCUCCAUCUGCACCCUGUGUCACCACAGCGACACCCUACGGAUUCACCGUCACAUGGGAUCCUCCCCAGGACAACGGGGGUUCAGAGGCUCUCACGUACCUGCUAGAGAUCUCCGAGGGAUGCUCUGAAGCGAACCAGUGGGAGGUAGCCUAUAGCGGUCCAGCGACAGAAUGUAUGUGUGAGCGCCUGACACCAGGGACCGUCUACCGCCUACGUGUGUGCAGCAUCACCACCGGAGGACACAGCCCUUGCACUGUUAGUGUUCCGGUCCGUACAUUAAGCGUCCCGCCAGGGCCCUGCCAGCCGCCGAGGAUUGUGGGGAAAGCCAAACACAAGGAAGUGCAGUUAGAAUGGGACACCCCUGCAUCUGAGGGAGUGUGUGAGGAGUGUGUGUUCAGCCUGGAGAUGAGCGAGGGGGACACCAAGCCGGCGGAGGUCUACAACGGGUCGGAGUUGCAAUGCACCGUGGGUAGCCUGUUACCUGGUGCCACAUACAGCUUCCGGCUGCGUGCCGCCAACGAGGCCGGGUUCGGGGCGUACUCCGAGCCAACAGAGGUAACGACUGCGGCGGGUCCUCCUGGCCAGUGCGGGGCGCCACUCAUCACUCUCACCAGUAACACCUGCGUAACGCUCAACUGGGAGAGUCCCGAGGGUUCGGGCACAGACAUCUCUGAGUAUCGCUUGGAGUGGGCGAGGGAAGACGAACCCAUGGAGCUCAUCUACUGCGGAUCUGCCACCCAGUGUGAACUGUCAGACCUGACACCUGCCACAGAUUACUGCUGCAGGCUACAGGCGGUGAAUCAGGCUGGCGCCGGUCCCCACAGCGAGCAGGUGAGCUUCCGGACCCCGGCAACGAAUCCCGACCCGGUCUCCUCUCUCGCUCUCCUGGACCUCCCGACCUCCUCGGAGUCGGGUCACUCCCCGUCUACCUGCCUCCUGCUGAAGUGGGACGAGCCGAACAGCAACGGGGCGGAGAUCAGCUCCUACGUCAUCACCCUGGAUGACCAAACCAUCACUGUGGAAUCAGGGACGAGUCACCUGGUCACAGACCUGCAGCCGGACAGCGAGUACAGCGUACAGAUCCAGGCAGUGAACUCCAUCGGCUCCAGUCCCUUGAGUCCAGCCCUGCUGGUGAGGACACGCCCCCUCCCUCCGGCCCCGCCCCCUCUGGAAUGCUCGGCGGCCGGCCCUCAGAGCCUGAAGCUGAAAUGGGGCGAAAAUGCCAGCAACACGCACACCCGCGCCCUGCUCGCCGACGACAUGGUCUACACACUACAGAUGGAGGACAAGAACCACAGGUUUGUGACGAUCUACCGCGGACCCAGCCACACCUACAAGGUCCAGCGAUUGACCGAGUCCAGCAGCUACAGCUUCAGAAUACAGGCCAUCAGUGACGCCGGGGAGGGUCCUUUCUCCGACACACACACCUUCUGCACCACCAAGUCUGUACCCCCUGCCCUCAAAGCUCCCAGAGUGCACCAGCUGGAGGGGAACGUGUGCGAGAUCACAUGGGAGACCAUCCCACCAAUGAGGGGAGACCCUGUGAGCUACGUGCUCCAGGUGCUGGUGGGACGCGAGUCAGAAUACAAACAGGUUUUUAAGGGAGAGGAGGGCGCGUUCCAAAUCACUGGUCUCCAGGGCAACACAGACUAUCGUUUCCGCGUGGGCGCCUGCCGCCGCUGCCAGGAUUCGUGCCAGGAGCUGUGCGGACCGCUGAGCCCCUCCUCCUUGUUCACGCUGCGGCGCCAGGAGACGGCAUCGUCGGGGGAGCAGUGUGCCGUGGAAGCGGGCAAAGGGUCGGGCCUGAUCUCCAGCGACGAGCGCUUCGCCGCACUCAUCGUGUGUGUGUUCGCGGGCUUCUCCAUCCUCAUCGCCUGCUUGCUACAAUACUUCUUCAUGAAGUGAGGGAAUUUUUAACUAUAGGAUAGAAAGAGAAAGCAAAAAAAUCACAGAGUCUAUGAAAGAACCGAAUGAAAUCAAAAACAAACACUUGAGAUAUACUUCUAAGACUAUGUAUGUUUUAUUUUUGUUUUUUUUUUUAAUAGUCAAAGUAUCGAUUCUGGCUUUUUCCUCACCUUGUUCCUGUUGUCUUCUGCCUUCACUCAGUUCGGUCUCAUUUCUCUCUCUAAGUCUCUGUUGUCUUUGUAUCACUGUCUGUGUCAUUUGUUAAGGAUUUCUGUCGAGGGAAGCCUUUGUCUUAGCUGUACCUCGGUUGGGAAAGAAAAACUGAUAAUCAAGCCUUAAAAAAUAGCUGUGAGCGAAGCAGUUGCUCCUCAGACUGACUUGCAUGUUUUUAUUUUGUAUUUUUUUUUUUUUUUUUAAACACAUAUCUAAACGAUUAGAGAACGUGUAUAUUUCUUGACGGUCAUUGCCUUACUUUUUUUUUGUUUUUUGUCAGUUUUUUAACGUGUAAUUUUUUGAUUUUUUUUUUUUUUCCGCUGCAGUCUUUAUCCAUUUCAGCCAUAUUCCGAUGUAGGCCUUCGAAGCUUUUGCCGUUCAUACCUUUUAUUAUUCAGUUUUUGUUACAACUCUACUACAGGCUGUCGGUCAACUCAUGCAAAAUCUGCACCUGCUCUCACAAUGCAGACUGACGAAGACACAAUGCAACACAAAAAGAUUCACAUUCGCACACACGUACAUUACACUCACGCAACGACAGUGAGAAACACACAUUUUUCCUCCAAUCACACAUCUGCUCAGCUUUUCACAUUCAAUCACUCACUGACUCACUCACUCACUCAGCUACCAAAGUGAUGCAAUUCAUGUGUGGUGUAAGAUGCUGCUAUCCUGUGAUUUUAUUAUAUCUAAGAAAAGAAUGGAAAACCAGUAAUCUAAUAUAUAUAUACACACAACAUAAAUAUAUAUAAAUAUAUAUAUUAUAACAAAUAUAUAUGAUGCUAUAGAAGUGAUGUAAUAUAAGUGAUGGCGAUGUAAGGUGUGAACUUCAGUGUGUAAGGGGGAGGAGUCGACUCUGGGUGCUCACAGACAGCAGCUCUGAGGUCAGAAGGAGCCCUUAAAAAAAAACAAAAGAAAACACUGGUUUCGGAUCAGAAUAUGAACCUUUGUGUAGGUAUACGAAUGUCAGGGCGUAAACUGGCUGGGGAAUCGUGAUUGGCUGUGACUUACCGUGGAAAAGGGCUGCGCUGAGCAAUUUUUCAUUGGUUCCCCCCUUCUCGGUUCAGUCCUUACGUGUUCCACCAUCUCAAGUAUCGUUGCUCCAGCCUGUUUAUCUGUAGCUUUAGUAGCCGUACGCCCCGUAGCAUCACAGAAUCCAGAGGUGCUAACAGCCCGCCAGCUAGCUGCCCUUCUCAGAGCUGUGUGUGUGUGUGUGUGUGUGUGUGUUAACAAGGAAAGCCAUUAGGAGUUAGCUUGAGCUUUACCCUCCCUCUCCCUCUGUGACAUUUAGCCAGCUGCCGGCCAGAGCAAACGCUGAGGCUGUAGUUUCUUCCUCGUCUGUGAAUCGAUACAUUUGAAGACUUCUCUUUUCUCCCCUCCUGCCCAUAAUUAUCCGUGAUUACCUUUAUGCUCUGGCUGCUCCUUCUCUCGCUUUCCAUCCAUCCUCUCCCUCUUCCCUCUCUUUCUUUUCUCUCUAUUAAAAGGUGCUUUAUUGACAUGGAAUCAGAGCAGUAGCAAGUCUGUGGCCUCGACCUCAGGCGCACAUGUUCUCCGGGGACUUGAACUAAUGUUCACUAACCAAACAAGCCUUUGACAGAACACAACUCAACAGAAAAAACAGGGCAUUCUGACACAUGUAACACCCCACCCCACCCCCCCAACCUCCCGCCUGGACUCCCAAAACCCCCCCUUGUUACCCCAACCCCCACCCCCGAAAAAAACAAAGCCAAGGUACAGCCCAAUACACAACCCUGACGAUCCAAAGAAGUCACCCUGACCUGCGUGAUUAAUGUGUGACACGUCUACUUCUGUCAGGUGGGGUGCAAAGGGGGGUAAAGGGGGGCGAUCAGGUGGGAAAGGCAGGUUUUUUUGGAAGAGGGGCGAGGUGGUAGUUAAGCCCCGCCCACUCGGCUCUGAUUGGCAGCCUGUAAUGUACCUCAGGGAUAAGGCCUUACAGGGGGACGGGGGGGAGAACUAACCCUGUCAUCCCCAUCGCUGUCACCAUCGUCAUCGUAACAUAGUCAUCUGUUUCUCUCUGUCCCCACCCUCCUCCUCCUUUUUUUUUUUUUUUUUUAAACCUUCCUCCUUCAUUUUAUUUUUUGAUGCUGUAUCUUGUCCUCUGUCUUUGCUGUGCCUUGCUCCUGUAUGUCAGUAAGCAAAGUGGUUUACUAGCUCAAAAUACCUUUGCCAAAGUUGAUGGGAAAGUUAAGGUAGAGUUCUUUUUUCUAGGUUUUUUAUUUAUACUAUAUAUUUGCAUACAGUACUUUACAUGCCAAUUACAGUGCAAUCUUCAUUUAUUUAUUGUUUAAAGAUUAAGAGACAAGUGUAGUUAUAUACUAAUUUUUUCCUUGUAGCAUGUUUUUUUUUUCUUUUAAUUUUUUUUUUUUUUUAAAUGGAUGUAUGUUAGAUUGUAUGAUUAAGGCCAGCAUUCCUUAUCUCAGUAACCCUUUAAGUAUUUUUCUCUUACAGCUGUUGGGAACCUGUAGCUCAUCAGUCCAUGCAUUGCAGUUAUCAUUGCCGUUUUUCAAACAUGUAACCAAAUGCCUAUGUGUUUUUUUUUUUUGUUUUUUUUUUGUUUCAUCUCCUGUUACGGCCGUGCACAGCCGAGCAGUUUCUUUGUAAUGCUUAGAGAGACAUGUAGCAAAGCCGGGCCUUAGGGUCAAAAUCAUCUGUAUUGGGAUAAAACGUCGCUGCCUUUGGCUUUUUUUUUUUCUUUUUUUUUCUUUUUCUUGAUUAGUGUUAUAAUGAAGCUUCUGAUAUCUUUUUUCUUUUUUUUUUUACUGUUUUAAUGCCAAAGUGCAGGCUUCUCGUGUCCACUAGAUGUCGCGUUUCGCAGUCGUCUAAAGGGUUUUUCUGUGAUGUUCUUCUGUAACGACACAGCAUUACGAUUUAUUAUUAUUGUUAUUAUUAUUCUCUCGAAAGGAAAAAAAAAAACAUUAACUUGAUCUGUGAUUAUGCUUCUUUUUUUUCAUAUUAUCUUUUUAUUAUUUUGUUUUUUAAAGCAAAAUGUGCCAUUUUUUUGGAGAUGUGUAGCCCCUUGUGGAGGAGAGUAACACAACCUGAUUUCACACGGAAAGGUCUAAAAAAAAAAAAAAAAGAAAAAGAAAGAAAAAAAAAGGCAAAAACAAUCAUACGAUGAUUUCAGGCAGAUGAUGACAAUAAUAAUAUUGACGAUUCCUUGCUAGUGCUGGUAUAGCAGUAGUGAGUAUUUUGUAUCCAGUAUUUUGCUAAGAGAUGAUAUACAGAGAUAUCUAUAGAGCUAUAGAAUGAGAUGGUAAUACAUUAUGACUAACAGAGUUGAAGCACUUUUUUUAUGCCGAGAAUUAGUCUUGAUGAGGUUAAACGGGAGCGAGGGGAGACGCGAGGUCCUUUUUCGCUCCGUUCCAAAAACACUACUGCCAACGCCGUCUGUUACAUUCAUUUGGCAUUAUUCUGUCGUUGGCGUCACUGUGACAUUUGGCAUUACUGGAGCGUGAGUUCCGUGUUUCCACGAACGGGCGCCCUGUUUCCCUGUAGAAUGCAAACUACAGCAACAGGGGAAAGUACAGCUCGCACGGGAGCGCGGUGCCUCUCUCAGAUGUGCUCACAGCAUCUAACCUAGCACCGUUGCUGCGUAGUCGACAGGUGAUGUGUGAGGUGUCCUGUCCGUAAACCCCACCUUGCCCCAUUUGUGACCCCUUUUAUUGUUCCCCUUUUCAAGCCUUAACGCCCCGGAGGUAGAGCCGAGGUUCGCCUCAUGUGUUCAGUUGAGCUCGGGCCAGUCGUGUUAGCAUCGUACAGUCGUUGAGGUCGACGCCAGAGUCGACUGAAGGCUGUGCUUUAGUGAGCAGGGUACUCCCUUGAUGUGCUUUUGUUGUUUUUUUUUGUUAUUUUUCAAAAUGCUGGUGAUUUUAUAGACAUCCCCCCGCCCUCCCCCGCCCCCUCCCACCCACACACCCUGCAGGUCCUGCACAUUUGGCAGGUAUAUCAAGACACGAGAGAGACGGUUUGUUUGCCCAGCAACCCCACGUCUGUGCCUUCUGAUCAGUUUAUUUUCUUCUUUUUAAGUUUUUUUUUUUUUUUUUUUUUUUUUUUGGUUAUGUUUUGUACGUUUUACAGUAAGUAGAGAUUUUGACUGAGCAAUUUGGCGAUUUGACAAACACACAGAGACUCACAGGUAUUUAACUAUUUUUUAAGCGAGACAAAAAAAAAGAAAAACGUAUUUUUACCUCACGAUUUAAAAAGCAAACAUUCCAAUGUUGUCAUGGUCUACGAAUUGAGAAAAAAAGAAAGAAAAGAAAUUCAUGCAUUUCUUCUUGUAUUGUAAAUGUUAGACAAUUUCAUAUGCAUUAUAUAAAAGAAACUGCCAUAUCAAUUUUAAUGUAUAGAUUUUUGCAAAUACUACCCUAUGUAUGUAAGACGUAACUGUAUCGGUAGCGUAUAUAUAAUAUAUUUAUGCCCAAUAAAUGUUUUGAUUUUUUUUCUGA